AUGUCUCUGCCUGCUGACAACAUACAAAAGCCUCGACUGCAGCGACAAAAUGGCACUAGCAACCUGAAGUUGGGUGGGCAGAUGAAAGGAGUUCUAAAGGAAACGGCUUGUGCUUCAAAGAUUGGUCUCCAUGGCAUUGCAUUCAAGGCGCAAACAAAGCCGACUUUCGAAGUUUUUAUGGAUUCGCCGAUGGAAGAUGAGAAUAUGGACACAAACAUUAUUCAUCAGCUCGAAAAGCAGGCAGAGAAUUUGAAAAAGGCAAAAGACAAGAAACAACUGAGGGAUGUUGCAAAUCAACAGCUCAAGGCUAAAACUGAACACUCAAUUGCGCCAAGUGUGCCGACAGCACCGAUCUACGAAGGUGCACUUUCAACAGUUUUCGAAAGCUUGCCCCAGCGCUCACUAAGAUCUGUUCCGAUGGAAGAUGAGAGUAUGAACACAAAUAUUAUUCAUCAGCUCGAAAAGCGGGCAGAGGAUUUGAAAAAGGCAACAAGCAAGAAAGAACUGAAGGAUAUUGCAAAUCACCAGAUCAGGACUAAAACUGAACACUCAAUUGCACCAAGUGUGUCGACAGCAUCGAUCUACGAAGAUGCACUUUCAACAGUUUUUGAAAGCUUGCCCCAGCGCUCACCAAGGCCUGUUCUUGAUGAAAUGGAGCUAGAUGAUAUUGAGUUGCCGACUCAAAAAUCUGCCGCAGAGAAUUUUGAGCAUGCCUUUGAAUUGCUUUUUGAAUCUGAUUUUGAAGCCGAUAUUUAUCAAUACAUGAGACGAAGAGAAGUGUUGUUGCGACCAAGUCCAAAUUAUUUCCCCACACAGACGGAAAUCACUCCUGCAAAUCGAUUUACCCUCGUUGAGUGGAUGAGUGAUGUCUGUGCAGACUACAAUCUGAAUUUGGAAACACUUGCUCUUUCUGUUGCCAUUAUCGACCGUAUGUUGUCGCGCAAAGUUGUACCAAAACGGAGCUAUCAACUGGUCGGCGCUGCCGCUCUCAUGAUUGCUUGUAAAAUGGAAGAAAUCUAUUUUCCGGAAGUCAAAGAUUUUGUCUUCUCGACAGCCGACGCCUGUACUGGUCGAGAUAUGAUCAAAAUGGAGCGCUAUUUGAUGAACACUCUUCAGUUCGAUGUCUCUUUGCCGACUUGCAGCUGGUUUUCUUCACGGCUUGGCUUUUUCUGCAACUUGUCACACCGUACUAGUGCACUUGUUUCUUAUUUGAUUGAGCUUUCACUCGUCGAGUCGGAUUUUCUCGAACAAUUCCCAUCAAUUAUUGGUGCCGCUGUUGUACAUACUGCUCGUGUGAUCGCAGACCAUGUCGAUUUCAAUGAUGAUGAAGUUUCUCGACGAGCUCUUUUGCAACAUGGACAAAUUGUGCCCGUCUGUCACAUGCUCAUCAAGGCUUUCAAGAAGGCACCAAGCGAGCUCAAGGAUAGUAUUUACGAGAAAUAUAUGGAACCUAGCAAUCAUGCUGUUGCUGCUAUUGAAUGUCCUCACUCUUUACUACAUAUUAAC